UGUUAUGUACGAGGCUUGACCCACUUUCUGCUUAGCUGACGUCGACAAAAUCUCAACAAUAUCAUUAUCAAGUUUGACUAACUGACUAUCGCAGCAUUCCUCCUGCCACAGAAAGAUUCUAGUUGACUACAAUUUACAUAGGAUGAUUUUGGUUUUACUUGAAUUGUGUACCAGGAACUUUAGAGAUGGGCUCGGCCAUGAUAUUAUGUGGACGUCAAAAUAGAGAACAGAUUUUAUUUGGGAUAUCAUGUAUCCAUUUAACAUCUAAAGAUUUCGAUUGUGCCUCGGGACAGUUUCGUUUUACUCGCACCAUAAUUAACGUGGCUGUCAUGUACGACCUUUAACCUCGGACACUGGCCUUGACUUUUGACCCUGACCUUCACGCGAGAGACAAUGGCGUCGACGGUACCAGCACAUCCGAAGAGAGUGAGAAAAGACAUGCUGAUCGGGUGCCUUGCUACGUUAUUGGUGCUGGGGGAAAAUGUUCAUCUGACAGAGGCGGUGUGGCUUGAUCUCACAAAUAUCACGUGUUCAGAACCGUCACACGUGGUGGAGGACGGAAGUUCUUCAGUGACGUCAUAUUCCCUGACGUGGGACGGGCGCGUGCUCCCACCCAACUGCAGGGUUGGAUUUAAUCUCACAGACAUAGACCACUUUCAACUAUGUGUCAAAGUUGAAACCUUUUCUUUGGAGACGUGUGCUUUCCAUAUGAAAUAUUUUGAAGGCCCAUCUAUGGACUUGAAGCAGAUAAAUAAUUGCGGAACUUUGAAGAAAGAAUUCUGUGCUAAUUCUAAAGAACUGUACAUCAAGUUUACGGUUUCCCAGAAAACUUCUUCGAGAGUCGCCAUCACAGUAACAGCUAACUCAAGAACUGAUAAAUCAGUUUUGAUUGCCAUCGGGUGUGUGCUCAGUGCCGCAGCGUUUGGCGCCUUUUUUGUGACAAUGUACGCGUUGAGGAGGAACGCCAACAACGAAGGGAAAUCGUGUAUAAUAUGGAAGUGUCUGGAUGUUUGUUUGCCAGAGAAAAAUAUUCAGCCAUCUCCAACGUUAGACUUCACCCUACAUACAAUCAGUCUUCAUCAUGUUGAAUAUCUACAGAACCAAUUUCCACCCGGGGUGGCACAGCCCGUGCCCCAGGUUUUAUCCGACCCGCCCCCUCCUUACGAGCCCCCUCCGCCGUCAUACGAGGAAGUGCAUAAUCCAAAAUUUGAGGGUCGAAUUAACAUACAAGGAAGUGCAAUCGAUGACGUCAGAACGGAACUGACUUUUUCCGGAAUGAGAUUAUAGUGCGCAAGACCGGAUGUCCGGUCAAACUUAUGUGAUAGACUUACAAAGGAGGCAUCAUCUUUCAUGAACUGUUGGGUAAUAAUUAAUGAAAUGUUUAAAGAUUAUUUAUGUUAUGGGGGUUUAAAACUGCAAUACAAUGUAAUUUAAAGAAAUGUAUGUAAAAUCAUUUUGUUUAUAUGUUUGAUUUUUUAAAAGAUUUAUCUACUAUUUAAUGCCAUGAAAAUAUUGUGUAUAGUUCCUUACAUUUACAAAUGUAUGUUCCUUAUGUGAGGUUUAUACACAUAUUUAUCUACCUACGGUGGUUUAUAUUAACCGACGGGUUAUACAUUCAAACAUUUGUGACCGAAUCCUAUGCGUAAUAAUAACAUGUUAUGGAAUGACAUCUCAGUCGGUUAGUGCUUUGACCACGUGGUUGGUCUCAGGUGAGGAUCCGAGGUCCGUGGUUCGACGCUUCUUACCCGUGUCGACAUGUGUUUCUCGGAAAACUGGGAAACGGGCAGGCCUGUGCUGUUGUAGUUGUCAUUGGGCAAGCCGCUUUACCCUUAUUGCUCUUGAUGUCAUGCGACGGGUCUCUCGUAUGUUCUUCAGUGAGGUAGUCACCAACUACUGCAAGGAUCGAGACACCGCCUUAAAAUGAUUCUUGUUGUUCACAGGGUGACAUAAACCCAGCAAACGAACAAACAAUACAUAGAAAAAGAGACAUAUGAAGCCAUUAUUGACAAUCGCUUACUUAUAAAAAACACAUAAGUAUACAAAUAUUCUCUAAUAACAUUCACUUGAUCAUGUUUAUUUGACAUACUCAAAUACUGGCACUACUAUAGCAUCUGAGAAACUGAAACGAAGGGAAGUUACUCUGACAGAUCAGAAUGUCCUGUGAACACGCACGCCUCCCUCGAGCUCGUCAAUCUCAUUUGUUAAUACAACAUGGCACACGUGACACAAUUGUGACGUCAUACAUAGACAGGGCACUAUCUAGAAAUUUGUAGUUAUAAUUUGAAUAAUAGUAAUAAAUUACAUAGUUUAUGUCUUUAUAAAAUUAAGACAAUUGCUAUGAUGAACCAGUUGAACGUACAGGUGUGCAGUCAAGCUAAUCUCGUACAGUUUGAAAACGAGGUAAUAUUUUCAUCAUUAAAAAAAAUCCACCUUAUAUAGCAAACAACAAAUUAACACUCAGUAUACACUAUAUUUACUUCUCGGAUAAAACACGAAACACACGAGAGUUACUUCCCUUUGUAAUAUUGAUGUAGGCACCGGUGUAUAUGGGCAGAUUUCAUAUGGAACGAAGAACUUGUCGACAUCUUUAACAAUGUUUCUUGAUCGAUAUUAUAUAUUUUUGUAAUAAACAUCAUUAAAAUGACAUAAACAAAGUGAAA